GGAGAAGAAAACCUGGACUUUAGUGAAAAUACUUUCUCACAGUUGUGUUUUUCCUCUUAUUAUGGCUAACAAGGUUUUUCCUCUUACUAUGGCUCACAAGAGAUUCUACAGUAAAUGUCUUCUGUAGCUGAGACCACUCAAUAAAGGCAGCCAGUGUGUCCUCCCCAAACCCCUGCACACAAACAGCUUUUAAGGGACUUAAAUUAGUUGAGCAGUUGAAAGGGACUGUUUCCCAUGGCAGACAUUCCAUGCCCCUCCUCCCUUUGUGAUCUCAGCAGUGGUUUGGCUGCGUAGUGGUUUCCAUACCAGCAGAUAAGCACACUAGUCUUAGCUCUUAGCUCUCGGGCCAGAGGAAGGGUGUAGUUGUGAAGACAUGUCGAAGAGUGCAGAAGCAGCUACGGACUCCGACAAUAAGAGAAAAAGCUCACAGCGCCGGGGCCUGGUAAAAGGACCAGAUUUUCGUUAUUUCCAGCAUCGGUCUUUCACAGCUGCUGAGGUCGCUCAACACAAAGAAGAGGGAGAUCUCUGGGUAUCUUACCUUGGACAUGUGUACGAUCUAACGCCACUGGCCGAGGAGUACAAGGGAAACAUACUCCUGAAACCCAUUGUAGAAGCAGCAGGGACGGAUAUCAGCCAUUGGUUUGAUGCGAAGACAAAAGACAUCCGCAAGCACGUAGAUCCACUAACCAAUACUCUGCGAUACCGCACCCCGUGGGGCCGCUUCAUCCAUAUUCCACCCCAGUUGCCCCGUUCGGACUGGGCGACUGAUUAUGGUAAGCCUUGGUGGCAGGGGACUCAAUAUAUGGUGGGGCGACUGAUCUCUAAGACCCGGCACAUCCGCCUCGUGAACUUGCUCACCGCACAAGAGCACAUAUUGGAGGUUGGCACCCUGGAAACCAUGUGGGAAAUCGUACACCGAUUCCUCGCUUACAAUGCACAUGCUGCCAGCUACACAUGGAAAUAUGAUGGGAGGAUACUGAACAUGGACUGUACUCUGGAAGAAAAUGGGAUCCACAAUGAGGAGGAUGACUUUGAACUUCUCAAAAUGGACGACCCCCUUUACUUGCCUGCAAUAACGCUUCAUUUCAAUGAUGAUCUCACCGAGUUAUAAGAAAGAAGAUGGAGGCACAUGCAGACUCAAGAUGCAUUUGGGGGUUCUGUGAUCACUAUGAAAAACAUUGGGCUGGGGGGAGGGGGUUCUUUGGAUUUAAGCCCUUAUUCCACUCUGGGAACUGACAUGGGAUGCCCAUACCUUUCAGAAACAAUUAAAAUUGCUCGGAGAAUAAAAAAAAAUUAUAAAAAACACAAUAAGUGUAAACAAGGUACUCCUACACUGAUGCAGGUCUUCUGUAAAGUUGAAGUGGAAUAAAAGAAGUUUGCAAAAGGAG